AUGGCAUUGGGAUCGGCAGUCCUGACCUGCGACGAGGCGCUCCGCCUAGCGAAGGAGCACUCGUGGGCUUCGCCGGCCUCUCCGGCCUCUUCGCCUUCGGUCUCUCGUGUGGAUUCGGCGAGUGAGGCUUCCAGCGGCUUCCGGGCGGAUGGCUUCUUCGACUUCGAGAGGCGAGGGAAGGUCUGGGAGCUGAAGCGCCUGGAGCGCUUGGAAAGUCUCCGGCGCCUCAAAGAACUCCAAGAGCUCUCGCAGUGCUCCUUCCAGCCGAAGCUCGCAGCGCCCAAAGCGGCCUGCGAAGCCGAAGCCGAUGCACCGAAGCCUUUGUCACCCUUGUCGAGCUCUGCCCUUGCUGCUCGUCUCUGCCAACCACUGCCCUCAGAGCACAUGCGCUCCUUCCAUCUGCGGAGACUCCAUGAUUCGCUCGAGGAGCAGAGGAUGUCAGAGUGCACCUUUCAGCCGAAUUUGUCGAAGAGCACCUUUUGGCUGAGCCUCUCAAGGCUGCGCCACGAGGCCGAGGACGAGCCGAAGAGGACGAGGUCGGCGCCGAGACAGCCGAGGCCCAGGACGAACUCCGUGCCACUCUCGAUGACCCGAGCCCAAUCCUAUCUGGCGCAAGAUGUUUUUCAUCGCUUAGGUCGUGGAGGCUCGGUGGCAGCGCGGUCCAAGCGCUCCAAAAGUGAGGACUCGGGUUUGCGCCUGCCGGCCGCUGGCACGCCCUGCAACCCCAUUCUGGGUUUCUUGGAGCGCCAGAACCACUGCGAAGAUCUGCGACGGCAGAGACUAGAGCAGAUCGCUUCCGAGAUGGAGAAGCCAGCAGCGGCAGCAGCACAAGCAAAGAUCUGCAAGGGGUCGAAGUCGCGGCAGCUGUCGCGGCAGCUCGAAAGCAAAAGAGGCAGAGCGGGAGAAGAGGAGCCGAAGCCUGAAGGCCGAGGCGAACGAGAGAAGGAGGCUGAGUGGAGCUUUCGACCCAAGAUUUUGGAGAUCUCUCAGAAGCGGCAGCCUCGUGGGUGCCGGGAGCUGAGCUCGGGCGACUCAGAGAGGCAGAAGCGGCGCCUGGAAGAGCUCAGAGAAGAUCUUCUUCAGACGCAAGAAGUGAGCUACUUUACGCCCAAGCUCAAUGCCUCAGAAACCCCUGGCAGGCUCUGUGUGCUGGACGAGCCGGAGACCUACACGGCGCGCUUGGCCGCAGACCGUGAAAAAAGCUUGGCUCUGCGGGAGAGAGAGCUUCAGCAGCGGAUUGAUGAGGCACUUGCAGAGUGCACGUUUCGUCCAGCAGUGAACCCAGGCCCACCCAAGUACAUUACUCGAAUGGCUGAGAGCCACAGAGCUCUGAAAGAGCUCCGACUCGGACUGGCCUCCCGUGAAGAGCGCGGGGGGUCUCUGACUCUGCGCCCCGACUGGAGGUGA